CCUCUCCACCCAGCCUCCCCCCCAUCAGGGAGCACCUAUAAAAAGCCAGCAGCCGGUGGACGGACACUUUCCACAUCAGUCGGACAGUCAGACGGACGGACAGACGGCCUAAGACGACACCUCCUUUCUUCUCUGACAGCAAACUCAGUCAGGAUGUCUAUCACUAAAAUUCACGCCAGGGAGAUUCUGGACUCCAGAGGAAACCCCACAGUGGAGGUGGACCUGUGGACAGCUAAGGGUCUUUUCAGGGCAGCAGUUCCCAGCGGUGCAUCAACUGGAGUCCAUGAAGCUCUGGAGCUCCGCGAUGGAGACAAGAGCCGCUACCUGGGCAAAGGCACCGUUAAGGCUGUGGACCACGUCAACAAGGACAUCGCCCCCAAACUGAUCGAGAAGAAAUUCAGUGUUGUCGAGCAGGAGAAGAUCGACAAGUUCAUGUUGGAUUUGGAUGGCACUGAGAACAAAUCUAAGUUUGGCGCUAACGCCAUCCUGGGCGUGUCGCUGGCUGUCUGUAAGGCCGGAGCAGCAGAGAAGGGAGUUCCUCUCUACCGCCACAUCGCUGACCUCGCCGGACACAAGGAAGUCAUACUCCCUGUUCCUGCCUUUAACGUCAUCAAUGGUGGCAGCCAUGCUGGAAACAAGCUGGCCAUGCAGGAGUUCAUGAUUCUUCCUGUCGGAGCCGCCAACUUCCACGAGGCCAUGAGGAUUGGAGCUGAGGUCUACCACAACCUGAAGAACGUGAUCAAGGCCAAGUACGGGAAGGACGCCACCAACGUGGGAGAUGAGGGAGGCUUCGCCCCCAACAUCCUGGAGAACAACGAGGCUCUGGAGCUGCUGAAGUCGGCCAUCGAGAAGGCCGGUUACCCCGACAAGAUCAUCAUCGGGAUGGAUGUUGCCGCCUCUGAGUUCUUCCGCAAUGGAAAGUACGACCUGGACUUCAAGUCCCCCGAUGACCCGUCCAGACACAUCAGUGGAGAGCAGCUGGGAGACCUGUACCGCAGCUUCAUCAAGAGCCACCCCGUCCAGUCCAUCGAGGAUCCAUUCGACCAGGACGACUGGGAGAACUGGGCCAAAUUCACCGCCUCCACAGACAUCCAGAUCGUAGGAGACGACCUGACAGUGACCAAUCCCAAGAGGAUCCAGCAGGCGGUCGACAAGAAGGCCUGCAACUGUCUGCUGCUCAAAGUGAACCAGAUUGGCUCAGUGACCGAGUCCAUCCAGGCGUGUAAGCUGGCUCAGAGCAGUGGUUGGGGUGUGAUGGUCAGCCAUCGCUCCGGAGAGACUGAAGACACCUUCAUCUCUGACCUGGUGGUCGGACUGUGUACCGGACAGAUUAAGACCGGUGCCCCCUGCAGGUCGGAGCGUCUGGCCAAAUACAACCAGCUGAUGAGGAUCGAGGAGGAGCUCGGAGACAAGGCCAAGUUCGCCGGCAAAGACUUCCGCCACCCAAAGAUCAACUGAAGCUCUGUCUGUCGCCAUGACAACUGACUGAUGACCCCUCCCCCGUACAGCUGGGGGUGAGAGGUCAGAGGUCACGGCGGGGUCGACCCCGCCUUCCUAGCUAUAAUUCCAUUAAUGAUGUUUUCUAUAUAAAACACAAUUAAAAACUAAAGAACAAAACGAUCAA